AUGGGACUAGAUACAAUCGUGAAGAAUGGGAUAAUUGUCACAGAAAGUGGAGUGCUUCCUGCCGGCCAAAGUAUCGGGAUUUCGAAAGGGAAGAUAUCCGUCAUAGGAUAUGAGCUGCCCGAAGGCCCUGAGACCAAGAUAAUUGAUGCACAAGGGGCAUACAUCACUCCCGGGGGUGUGGACUCACAUGUUCACCUUGCUCAGAGAAAUGCUCCAACAGGAGAUAACUGGGAGACUGGUACCCGCAGUGCCGUUGCAGGUGGCACGACAACAGUAUUGGCGUUCACGUCACAGACAAAAGAAAUGACAACCUUGUUUCCCGUUCUAGAGGAAUAUCACGAAAAAGCCCGGGGACAGGCGUAUUGUGACUAUGGAUUCCAUUUUAUUAUCACAAAGCCCAACCCAACGAUCCUGCAACAAGAGCUCCCGUUACUAAUCAAGGAAGGAAUCACAAGUGUGAAAUUAUACAUGACUUACGAGCUAUACAAACUAUCUGACCAUGAGCUUCUGGAUACUUUGCUCGCCUGUCGCUCCUUGAGAAUGACAACUAUGAUUCACGCAGAGAACGGUGACAUGAUACAAUUCCUGGUUGAGGGACUCGAAAGAAAUGGCAACACAGCACCAUUCUUCCAUGCUAUCGCGGGACCAAAGAUCGCAGAAGACGAAGCAUCUUACAGAGCGAUUCGGCUCGCAGAACUAGUCGACGCCCCAAUCCUCCUAGUUCACGUAUCCGCAGAUGGAGCAAUGAAGCACAUCAGAGACGCACAGACACGGCUUCUUCCAAUUCAUGCCGAAACGUGUCCUCACUACCUCUUUCUUCUCUCCGACAAAUUAGCCAACAAAGAACAUGAUCAUUUUCACGGAGCGAAGGGUGUAUGUUCCCCACCUCUUCGCCACAAUUUAGAAGACCUGGAAGCUCUCUGGCGGGGAAUUGCCAACGAUACAUUUACCGUUUUCUCCUCCGACCAUGCUCCAACCAAAUAUGAUCACCCACAAGGAAAAAAAGCCGGCAUCAUCAACGGAAUUCCAAAAUUCAGCAAGAUCCCUAAGGGAAUCCCUGGUAUUGAAACCAGACUCUCUCUUCUUUUUAGCGAAUCAGAGGGAUGUCUCCCGAAGGAACGAGCAAGACUCAGCCUUGCACGCUUCGUGCAGCUGACAUCUGGGAAUCCGGCAAGAUUAUAUGGAUUGACGCAAAAAGGAUUCAUCUUGCCCGGAUUUGAUGCAGAUUUGGUGAUCUGGCAUCCGCGAAAUAUUGGGGCGAGAACGAUUUCCCAGGUCAACUUGCACCAUGAUGUUGAUUAUACACCCUUCGAAGGAAUGGGGGUGAGGAACUGGCCUCGCUUCACGAUGUUGCGUGGUCAGAUUGUUUGGAAUGCGGAUGAGAAUGCUGUAAGUGGUGUGAAAGGGUAUGGGCAAUUUAUUAAACGGGAGACAGGGGGAGUGCUGGUUGGAAAGACGGGACAGCUUCCGGCUGGCAUGAUUGAAGGAGAGCGGGACUUUUGGCUUCCCCAGAAUGUAUGA